AUGCAGACGAAUCCCAAUCGCCUUUCGGCGAAUAUCCGAGCGUCGCCGUUCAAGCGGCAGACCAGCAGUGCUUCACCAGCAUCGUCUCCGACCAAACAGAGCAACAACAACCUAAGUCUAUCCCCCGAAAAGACAAGUCCAUUUGUACGACGGCCCAGCCAAAUCAGCAACUCCUCCGAGCGUCCCUCGAGCCCUUUUGGUCGUCCCCUAAGCGGCGUCAGUAUACCUGCGUCUCCCUCGUGGAAGGAAAGCCCGGCAGCAGAAGACACAUUCAUCUCGCGGAGACAACCCAGCCCCACGCCAGUACCAGACGAGCCAAAUACGCCCACAAUCCAGCUCGGCAAUUCUCCAAGAAUCCACAACGGAGCGCGAAAAUCUUCAGAGGAGCAACCUCUCGACUCGCCCUUCACCGCACCCGGUCCCGCCAAUUUGCGACCAACCCCACAACGAACGACGAUACCAUCGACUAUCCGCACGACCCAAGCAACACAUUUAUCGCAGCCAAAAUUUGCCCCACCACAGCUCGUAGUCAUGGGUGGUCACGGAGGAGCCUACAAUCAUAUUCCCCAGUCUCUUCUUCAUAGCAUGCGCGAAUCGUUCGAGGUGCUGGACAAUAGCAACUCUGGAGCCAUCACAUCUGCCUCCGUCGCCGAGAUGCUCUCUCAGCUAGGCCUUGACAAUAAUCCAGCUGCGUUACGGUCAUUCUUCCCACCAAAUGGCCCAGGACAGCUCAAUCUUGCACGAUAUUUGGACACGCUCUCUGGCCCGCUAGCUGAUCUUUCACAACCGGAGGAGCUUCGCGCGGCAUUCGAGGCUUUUGAUGUUGACGAUAGCGGACAGAUUGAUGUCUCGGUACUGAGAGACGCGUUGCUACACACUGCUCCAAAUCCAGGCGAAGAAAUGAUCAAGCUGAGUGAGAAGGAAGUGGACGGCAUUCUUGGGGAGUUCGCAGGACGGCGGGCUUUCGGGUCCAAAGGAGUCAACGCAUCAAAGGGCAAGGGAGACGUUUUCAAAUAUAGGGAUUUCAUGGCGAACGUCGGACCAACAGCAACGGAUAACGAUCGGGUGGCAACCUGA